GAAUGUUGAUAGGUGAAACAUGUGUCGAUGUGCCCUGAGCAAAGCACUCAACCUUGCCUGAACGUCAGACUGUUACCAUUGAUUUUCAGUCUGACCGAGGUAGCCCUUAAAAAUACGCAAUAGUCAAAAUAAGCCAGAAUGUUGAAUACAAUGAUAUUUACACUUACUUUACCAGUUGUACAUGCUGUUGAUCCUUUUGGCGGUAAGAGCAGGAUAUAGGGUAUUCACAGGCGAGUGUUGUUUACUCAACUUUUUUUCAGCGCGGGUUUGUCGCUUGUGUUUUCAAUCUCUAGACCCAUUGCACAAUAUGUAAACAAAGCCGAAUGUAACUGAACGUAGUUGACCGAAGCAUGUUUCCUCAUAAUCAGCUGGAAGUGUUUGCUGUCUGUGGUUCGGUUUGUCAUGUGCGAAUUGCAACAGUAUUGAAAAUAAAACCGGAUACAAACCGAUAUACAGACCAGUGUACUGAAGGUCGGGUUGAUAGCAUUUCCCUGUGGAUCUUUAUAUCAGAUUACUUCCGACAUAGGGAAAAAAAUCUGCGGAAAAAGUUAGAACAACAUUCUGACUUGUAAUGGGACUGUUCGGCAAUGCUGAGCGUACAUGUUAGAGACAAGUGUGAUAAACCACACUGUGAUCCUGGAAGACCCUUUCGAUGACCCUGCUGACCUGCCCGUGCCGAACCGUUCCCCCGAGCCUACCAAGGAACAGCUGAAUAGUGGUCGUAUUGGAGCAGAGGAAGUGAUCAACGACACAUAUGGUAAGGAGGCUGAGGAGCUGGAUGAGCUGCUGAAGGAGGAGGCGGCCAAGACCCAGGCCAUCCUUCUGGAGAUGGUGAGAUGGGGGUCUUGUGGUUCUGUCCACCUAGCCUUGUAGAGGAUGCGCAUACUUUCAGGCGCGAUGGCAGAGCAGAUUUUGUAACACUCCACAUUACCACUUUGUGUACUGAUUGAUGUUGAAGAACCCAACACCAGUUAAUUAGCUGGUAAACAUAUUAGUGUUGUAAAGAUUAUAUGGUGGUUUUAUGAGAGUUUUGUGGUUUGAGAUGUUGUCGUGUGUAUGUGCUUGUGUAGGUCGAUAAUCUUCCUGAUGCGGAAGUGAAACCUCCGGAGAAUGUUCUGUUUGUGUGUAAGCUGAACCCUAUGACUAUAGAGGAGGACCUGGAAAUCAUCUUCUCUCGCUUCGGACUUUCACCCUGUCUAUUUCAACAUACUGGCCUCCAUGACACUACUAUACAUAUUUCAUUAGAAAUAGACCUAGUCCUAACCAUUUAAAAAUAGAAAGGAGACUUGGUAGAAUAUUGGUGUAUUAUCCUAUAUUAACGUGUUCUUAUUUCUGUACAGCUGUGAGAUCAUCAGAGACUUGAAGUCAGGAGAGUCUCUGUGCUAUGCUUUCAUUGAGUUUGAAAAGAAUGUUUGGUGUUCACUUGAUUUCUAUAUGUACCAUGAGUUAGCAUUUAGUAAUUUUAGCCCUCUUUAAACAUUGAACAAUGAUCCACUCAUAUUCACUAGUCCAAAUCAAGACUAAGCUAAAAAGAGAUUCAUUUUGGAACCGUUUAAGUGCAGUUAUGCAGAAUACAAAUAGAGGGCACCAGUUAGUCAAAAUUGAGAGUACACAUUAAUUCACUUGAAAGGGGUUUGUUUACUGAAUUGAUAGGUUGUUUCCUUAUUCACUAUACACAUAAGGGCUCAGUUAACCCUCUUAGAUAUAAUUGAUGUAAUUUCUCUCCACAGGAGGGGGGACUGUGAAAAGGCCUUCUUCAAGAUGGACAACGUGCUCAUAGAUGACCGAAUCGUACAUGUGGACUUCAGCCAGUCUGUCUCAAAGAUGAAAUGGAAAGGCAAAGGUGGGAAGUAUACGAAGGAUGACUUCAAGGCCUAUGAAAAAGAAGUGGGAUACAAAUGAGCUCUUAAGGAUAAAGUCAAACCCAAGCCAGACUCCAAGUACGACCUGCUUUUAGAGGAAGAAGGAACAAGCCAUUGGCAUGCUGAGAAGAAACACAAAGACAAGAAGCACAAUCACUCAGACAACAAGGACACCAGGAAGUCCAAGAAAUCCAAGUGGGACAGGGAGGAACCCCGGCGGGAGAACAAGACAGACUGGCAGCAUUCUCACUCCAGGGAAAGAGACUACGGCGAUGACCACCAUAAGCACAGCAUGCCCCAUGAAAAGCACCGCCCGGAGGGCCUUGACAAGGGCCACAGGGAGAGUAGCCGUAGUCACUCACCCAAGAAGUCUAAAGACAAGGAGAGGAGCAGACACCGAUGAUGAGAGAGGAAUGGGAUUGAGGUCCGUUCCAUUUCAACUUCCAUCAAUUAUGGAUUUGGAAAUUCCUCUUUAAAAAUAAAUGUCAGUUCUUUUCAUGAAUUGACUCAAUUUAAAUGGAAUUGGUCCUCCCAAAUACCUGCCUCUGUGGCCCCUACUACCCUACCACGACCACCCAUGUCUGGGAGAGCAGAACCAGGGACUCAUCAUGACUAAAACCUCGGCAGUUAGUAAUGUUGUGUUCUCCACCAGACAAGCAGGCUGAUUGAUGCUCCUUCUAACUGCCACCUACUGGAACUAGUUGAGGUUGCCUCACCUCACCCCCCCUGGCCUUCCUGCACCUGUCAGAUCUUCCAAAACUGAUGCUGUUGUUGUGGAAACCGUGAUGAAGUGAUAGAAAAAGGAGACGAGGAGGAUUCCCCAACAGACAGAGUCCUGACAGGAGCCUGGAAGGAUACUACUACUAGACACUGACAGACCUGAGGCAGAGUGUGCCACACUGAGCUGAGGACCAGCAGCAUGGACCAGCAGCAUGGAAAAGUGGAGCGCUUCCUCAAGCUGGGCUACUCCCAUAGUGACAUUGUGCGUGUGCUAGAGAGCCUGCGUCAUGACGCCCAGACCAACGAAAUACUGGAGGAGCUGAUCAAGACCUGCCAAAUCACCACUACAACAACCACCACCACCCCAUCCAUACCAGCCAGCCGCUCAGCGCACUCCAGCCCACAGCUGGUCCCUCGAGGCUGCAGCUCUCCCCACCCCAGCCAGUCCCUACGGCCCAGCUCAGCUACAGACAGGGAUCCCACUUUGGGAUUCAGACCGGUGGUAAUUGAUGGAAGCAAUGUGGCCAUGAGCCAUGGCAACAAGCAAGUGUUUUCGUGCCGGGGGCUGUUGCUGGCAGUCAGGUGGUUUUUGGAGAGAGGUAUCCGUGACAUCACAGUGUUCGUGCCUCUGUGGAGAAAGGAGCAACCCCGUCCUGAGGCCCCCAUGACAGAUCAGCCCAUCCUCCAUGAGCUGGAGAAGAGAAAGAUCCUGGUGUACACCCCGUCACGCUGCGUCAACGGGAAGAGAGUGGUGUGUUACGACGACCGCUACAUCAUCAAACUGGCCUACGAGUCCGACGGCAUCGUUGUGUCCAAUGACAACUACAGAGACCUGCAGAUAGAGAAGCCAGAGUGGAAAACGUUUAUAGAGGAAAGGCUGUUGAUGUACAGCUUUGCCAAUGACAAGUUCAUGCCUCCUGAUGAUCCUCUGGGAAGGAAUGGCCCAACGAUUGACAACUUUCUGAGAAUAAAGCAGUGGACCCCAGAAAACAAGAAGGAGCGUUGCCCAUAUGGGAAGAAGUGUACUUAUGGAGUGAAGUGCAAGUUCUACCACCCAGAGCGCUCCAACCAAUCGCAGCUGUCUGUAGCAGAUGAGCUUAGAGCCAAGAGCAAACCUGCUGCUCAGACAGACAGGGAGUGGUCAUUUCUCCCCUUAGGCCUCGGCCAGGAGGGCCAUAUCUACACAUCCCUUUAUGAGCCGGAUCACACUACUAAUCAUCUACACAGAUAUCCUUCCACACCGCCUCACCUUAGAAAAAAUGAACAUUCCCAUUCCCACAGGGCUUUGCCAAGUGAUCAGUUCACCAGCCAGAGAGAAACAGGCAGCCCAGUUCUACAGCACAAAUCCAGCCACCACUUCUGCCACAGCCCAGACACUGACGAGGCCUUUGGCUCCUUGGAGACCUCCCUGUCCAGACUAUAUGUCCAGGACCAGACAAACAACCCCAAGGGACCCGGGGUGUCUUACACAUACAGCAGUGGGGUGGCCGGGUGCAGCCAGGGCAGUGGGGACGUCUACCCUUCCAGCACUUACAGCAGCCACAGUUACGGCAGCAACACACAGAGGCUCAGCCUCGGUGGGCCUUCCUCGGGAGUCCACUAUGCCCCCCAAAGACUGCUACAGUGUGGCUGUGACCAUUCACAGAGCUGUGAGUGCAGCCAGUGCAUGUACGGCCAACAGCAUCUCCAGCCACAGCUAAGAAAGAGCUCCUAUGUUGUUCACAGUAACCCCAUCCAUUUCACAGAGCAGCAGUACUUUCAGAGUCCUCCCCCACAAAGGCAGAGUCACAGCCUCCCAGAACACAGCCUGGGACAGGGCCUCUCUGGUGAGAGAGUGGAGAUGACCAGGCCCAGUGGCGGUAAAGCUGCAGAUAGUGAGCAGAGGAGGAGUGUGAAGAACCAGCUCAGCACCCUCUUCCCCCCCAGCAUGGUAGACUAUGUGAUGAGUCUGUACCCACACACCCUCAACAAGUCAGAGCUGGUUCCUCUGAUCCAGAGGUUCAGAACCAGCCACGUUCCCUUCUAAUGUGCAAGAUCUUUCUCUGUAAGCAUUAAACACAGUAGUUCCUCAGCAGACUAGAGACAAGCUUGAAAAUGUAGCAGUCUGUGCUGAAUUUCCUAUGUAUGUAUAUAGGUCAAGUGCAAUGCACUACCAUCUCCUGAAUGAUGCUAGUUCAUUUUGAAUCUAGCAUUGCCUUAAAGAUUAUCAAAGCAGCAUGUGUUGUUUUAACAUGUAGCCUCAAACUGAGGGAAGCUAUUUGACAGAAUGGGUGUUAACCUGUACGGUAUGCAGAAUAAUACUGUCCUUGUCAUUUGUUUGUUGUCCAUAUUAAAAAUAAGUCCUUGAAAAUUG